AUGCCUCCCAUAUGGACUAGAAGACAUCGCCAUCAUGCUUUGACAUCUCAACAGCCCCCCGCCAGUGAUGUAGUGGACCUCGAGGAACAAAUACAAGCCACAUGCAAAGCUACCAGUACCGGUGCAGUGAAAAACCUCAAGGCAGCAUGUCGUGACUUAGAGAUCUUGAGACACUACUAUACGGCACUCAGGAGGUAUAAUGGGAAAGCUUUGCCUAGUCGUGAGGCUCAUAUUCAGCAGCAACAUUUGAGUCAGGCGCAGGAAGGGGUAUUAUUGGAGUAUAUUGAAUUUCUAGGUAAUACAGGGCACCCUCUCUGCAAACAAACUGUUGCCCCCUACAUCUACAACUUGUGCAGCAAGUAUCCAUCUGAAAAAUGGAUCCGAUGCUUCCUCAAGAGGAAUGAGGCCCAAAUCGCAGCAAGAUGGUCAUCAACGCUUGAUCCUAUGCGGGCUCAAGCAUUGAACUUUCCUGUUGUUUAG